AUGGAAAGAAUGGCAUCAAUAGCGUUGUUACUAGAUGGGUCAAUCUCGGGUCAUUUUGUUCAGCUUCUCGAGUCCGUUUAUUACCAGAUGGGUCAAUCUCGUCUUUUCGUCUCGACUUCAUAUCUCUCUGUAAAGCAACUGACGACUUCAUAUCAGAAGUGGAGGUGGCAACCUAAAGACUGUAAUUUGCCAAAGUUUAUAGGGAAAUUGUUGGUGGAGAAAUCGAAGAACAAGAGGCUUAUGUUCGUUGGAGAUUCGUUGAAUAGAAAUCAAUGUCAUAAGGGAAGGAUACUUGAACCAGUAGAAAAGCUGAAGGGUGGAUUAAGGAGCCGAAGUCCUAGACCAAGGUAUAGAGAUGAAUACAAGGGCUACAGGAGGAUAAGUCGCAGCAAUAGCAGGGACAGAAGCAGGUCUCCUCCACGUAGGAGUAGGUCACCUUCUAGAAGCAGAAGCCCUGAAGGAGGAGGAAAUGAGAAAGCAUCAACAUCAUCACCCUAUUCCCAUGGUAGAGCUAAUUCUAGAAGCCCUUUGCAGCGUUCUGAUUCCAAUGGUUUGCCUGGACCAAUAGGGUUGAUGAGUACUAGUCAUUUGGAACAAGAAGCUGCAGUACUUGCUUUGUCAACUUUGAUGACCAUAGCUCCUGCAGAAGUUUAUGCAGAAUUUGAAAAGGUUGCACCCACUAAGAAUGUAUCAGCUUUUUUAGCAUCUGUUGGAAAGUGA